CGUCGGCGAUGAGCAAUCUUUUCCUCCGGCCCCAAAUCGCCUGGUAACGCUCUUUUCCUCGCCCUGCCUCUUCGAUUUUGUUCUCCUAACAACAACAAUGGAGAAAGGUUUUGCGCAGUAAUAAGAUUUCCAAAGAAUUCGCUGUUGUUCAUCGGAGGAGCUCAUGCUGUUUACUUUUGCACCAUCCUCUUAGUGAAACUAGCCUGAGAGAAAGAGAUAAAGAUUGGAAAUGAGAAGAUAAAUCUCCUCGUUAUUGCAUAAUCUGUGGAGGAUUGAUUAAAUUCUUAGUGUAGUAGUUGUUCUUAUGUUGAAGUAAAGAUGAGUAGAACGAACAGGAGAAAGGAGGCGCCUGGGAUCAAUAAUGAAGGCACUGCUGCCCGCACACGACCUAUCAGUUUUGAAGAGAUUAUGUUGAGGAGAAAAAAGAAACUUACAGCAGAUGGUAACGAAAGAGAAAGUCGUUUUAAGGAACACUUUGUGAAAGAUGAUGCAAAAGUCACCUUAGAUCGCUCGGAUGCUGAUAGGGCUGGCAUGAAGGAUUUCAAAGAUACCAUGAAAGAGAGCUCCAAGAAGACAAAAGAAAAAAUAUAUAAGGUGAAGGAUGGUGAUUUAGAAGGUAUGCAUAAGCAUAAGCUUGAACUCUACGCUGAUCACAAGCCAAAAUCAAUCUACAGUAGGAGUAACAAGGAUAAAGAAAGACUGAACGAGAAACAGAAUCAUCCUAGGAGCAGAAAUGGUGACAAGCUGGGAAAUAGUUCUGCCAAGGAAUUUGAAAAGAAACAACCAAAAUAUACCACUGAAAAGGAAAGACAUGAUGAUAGAGACAGAAAAUCAAGAGGGGAGAUGAAAAAAAAGGAGCACAGUUAUGCUGAUGAAAGGAAUAGAUUGGAAAUUGAUUAUUCUACUCUGAGGAGGCAUGAUUUAGGAAAAUCACGACACCCUGAAUAUGCUGAAAGAAAUGAUAGGAGGAAGGAUGGUUCCAAGCAUUAUUUUGAGCAGCUCAAGUCGAAAAGGAGAAGGUCUAGGAGCCCAGAAUGUGAACGAGAAAGAGGCAGGUCUGUCUCAUCCUCACCUCGUGGACAUAAGCGAUCCUAUCAUGGACGAGAAUAUGAAGAAUCUUCAUCUGUAUCUUUGAAAGAAAAGUCAAGGAAGAAGCAUUCCGAUGGGGACAAACAUUACCAUAAACAUGGGAGCGGACUUGGUGGCUACUCGCCAAGGAAAAGAAAACCUGAGGCAGCUGUUAGGACUCCAUCUCCAACUAUUCCAUACCCAGAACGAAAGUCAGCCAAAUGGGAUCAACCUCCUCCUGAUGCAAAGAAUUCUGGUGCUGGAGUCCCGCCUGAUACUUUUAAAUCUCCUGCCACUAAAAUGCUUGAGCCAGCUCUAGUCAGUCCAGUCACACCAGCUGCCAAAAUCCACCAGCAUGCACCUUCAUCAGAGAUUGCAUCUGUAGUCAUGAGCACAUCUAUUGAUUCUGUGCAGUUAACACAAGCAACCCGCCGGACGAGGAGACUUUAUGUCGAAAAUUUACCAGCAUCUGCAUCUGAAAAGACACUGGUUGAUUUUCUUAAUAAUCUUUUAGUCUCAUCUAGUGUUAAUCACAUCAAAGGAACUAGUCCAUGUAUCAGCUGUAUUUUAAAUAAAGAGAAAAGUCAGGCUCUUGUUGAGUUUCUCACACCACAGGAUGCUACUGCUGCCCUUUCAUAUGAUGGAAGAUCAAUCUCUGGAUCUGUUCUUAAAAUCAGAAGGCCUAAAGAUUUUGUUGAAACAGCAACUGUUGCACCAGAGAAACCAAAGGAAGAGCUUAAGGUAGUAGACGAUUUUGUGAAGGAUUCAUCCCAUAAGAUUUUCAUUGGAGGAAUUUCUGAGGCUAUCUCAUCUAAUAUGCUUAUGGAGAUUGUUGGUGCAUUUGGGACUCUAAAUGCUUACCACUUUGAAUUUAACAAAGAACUUAAUGGACCAUGUGCCUUCUUAGAGUAUGUGGAUCAUUCGAUUACUUCAAAAGCAUGCGCUGGACUGAAUGGGAUGAAGCUUGGUGGGCGUGUUCUAACUGCAGUUCAAACACUUCCUGAUGCCCAGGAGAACGCUGAAAUUGUUUCAUGUUAUGGUAUUCCUGUGCAUGCCAAGUCACUACUCGGGCCAUCAACAAAAGUCCUUCAGCUUAAAAAUGUGUUCAACAAAGAGGAGUUUUUGCUGCUAUCAGAAUCUGAAUUGGAGGAAGUUAUAGAAGAUAUACGAUUGGAAUGUACAAGGUUUGGAACUGUUAAAGCAGUCAAUAUUAUAAGAUAUAUCAGCAAUCUUGGGACUGCUACUGAGAAUUUUGAAACAUAUCCUAGUGGGUAUUUGGUCAAGGCAGAAUCUAGCAUGGAAUGUCCAAGUAAUGAUAGCAAGCAAGAUGUAGAUAUGGCACCUCAUAAAGAUGCUGAAAGGCCUGGAGAUAUCAGGAAUGAUGUCGUAGAGAUAAAAAAUAAUAACAAUAUGCCUCUGAAAGAAAUCGAGGAGAAUAUUGUCUUUGGUGAAAUAGAUGGCUCAACUACUUCAAAAGAUGCCCAACAGAUUGGUGAUGUCGCAGCUGACCAACCAAUGGAGACUGAAAAGGAUGUGAUUGUAGAAAUUGGUGCUGAAAUUGGUUUGUUUUCUGAAACACCAAAGCCAGGUGAGGAUGCCGCUGAGGUGGAACAAAAUGCUGAUUUGAGUAGCAUCACUGCCGAAAAAGCAGAAUUAUCCUCAGAUGUCGAUCCAGCAUCGACAGAAAAUACUUGCUUACAGACUUCGUCUGCCAAGGAAGCAGAGUUAACCAAAGAAGAUGAUGAGCACCUGUCCACAUACCCUACGGGAAUUGACAAAGAAGCUACUAGUGACAAAGAGGAUCACCAGGAUUUUGAUGUCAGUUUGUUUGAACCAGGCAGUGUUUUUGUGGAGUUUCUAAGGACAGAAGCUACUUGCAUGGCAGCACACUGUUUGCACGGCCGGACUUACGGCGAACAGACUGUGACAGCUGGCUUUUUCCCACAUGAUAUGUAUUUGGCACGAUUUCGUAGAUGAAUGCGGCUGUGGCAUUGGCCGUUUUGAGUUGUUUUCAGUAGACUUUGGUACGGAGGUUUAAGGAGGAUGAUAUUAAUCAGACCUCAUGUGGUCAGCAUUAGAUUAUAGUAUUCCGAGUAGUUAAAUUCAUUGUAGUUACGUAUAUGUGACUUGUCACCAGAUCACACUGAUGAGGUUCCAAUUAAAUGGAGUGAUGGGAAGUGGCCUUUGUACUUUGGACUGAUUCAUUGCCUCAAACCUUGUUGGAGAUUCUCA